GGUGAUUCCGAGAGACGUCAGUUUCUCAACUUCUCGGGACGUGCUAAACAAAAAGAAAAAAGAGUUUAUAAUAGAAAAUUAUAAUUUCACUUUUAUUUUUCAUUAUAAAAUUAAAAAUUCAAUUGUGAACCAACGAAUAAAUAAAUAAAAUUUAAUUCCUCACAUUGCAUUGAUUCAAUUUUAUUAUUGUUUUUAAUUUUCUGCGUAGCCGAAAAAAAAUAAAUUAAUAAAUAAGAAUAAAAAGGAAGAAAAAUAAAUCACGAUUCACGAAAGAAUUUAAUGAUUCAUUUUAUGUUUGUGGUGUAGUUUGUUCUUCGUCCUUCUCUCCCUUGCUCUGUGUCACUUUUGGCAUUUGUGUUGUUGUUUUAUAUAAAGAAAAAAGAAGUAAUAGGUAUUCCUUGGUUCUUUUUUUUUGUACAUAAUUGAUUAUUAUUCAAUAUUCCUUUGUUUAAAAUAAUAUCAUAAAUAAAGGAACUUCUUGUGUGAGAAAAAAGUUAAAUUUUCCCGUGAGUGUUUCCUGUCUGCGUGUCUAUAGUGCGGUGACAACGUCAACGACAAACGACAAGCGACAAGCUAGUUUCAACUUCAACCAGGAAUGCUAUAGAAAGUCUCCAAGUCCAAAGUACCUUUAAAACCAGUAACCAAGUUCCAAGUAUAGUAACCAAACUUAGGUGAACGACGGGAAAAAGUAACAUAUAAAGUAAAAAGGGGAAAAAUUGCACUCGAAAGAAAAUAUAUCAAAUUCCAACGCAUUGCUGCAACACCAUCCAUAUCCGUACUGCAACAACAGCAACAACAACUAAACAUUACGUCCAACAACAGCGACCAACAAACAACAAUGGCUGUUGUCCGCAAGAAACAAGACGACAAGUAUCUGAAGGUCCUGCGGGAGCUGGUGACCAGUGGCGGAGGCAAUCGGCAAUGCUUCGACUGUGGCCAAAAAGGUCCAACUUAUGUCAACAUGACCAUCGGAUCGUUUGUGUGCACUCGCUGCUCCGGAGUACUCCGAGGUCUAACACCACCACAUCGAGUCAAAUCCAUUUCUAUGGCCACAUUCACUCCAGAUGAAAUUGAAUUCCUUAAAUCACAUGGCAACGAUACAUGCGCCAAAACUUGGUUAGGUUUGUGGGAUCCCAAGCGAGCAGUACACCAAGAUCAGCGCGAAUUGAUGAUAGACAAAUACGAACGUAAACGUUACUUUUUGGAGCCAGCUAGUCCUCUCAAAUCGCUGCCGAAUGCAGCCAAAUUGACACCAUCCUCAAAUAAUUCCUCAGCAGCAGCAGCAGCAACGCACACACAAAAUUUAAAUAAUUUAAACAACAAUAACAACAACAUGAAUGGUUUUAGCAACGGAAGCGUACAAGCUAUGAAUCAAAAGAAUACCGCCCUGGACAAUGGUUUCCAGAAUAUCUCUCUAACGCCACCAUCAUCGCGAUCAUCAAAUGGCAAUCAUGGUGGCAACUUAAAUGGCUACGGUCCGUCGGCAAUCAGUCGGCCAAAUCAUCAACCACAACAAAAUGGUCAUCACUAUGAUGCAUUCUCGAAUGGCAUUAAUGGCUUGAGUAGCCUCAAUGCAACAACAAAUGGCAACUCGAAAUUGAGCUUUAAUGGUUCGGCAGCCAAUUCGGAAACUAGCAGCUGCAAUAGCAAUGGAUUUACUCCAGAAUCGGACUUUGUGGCCGAUUUUAGUUCAGCGACUAUAUUCGACGCAACUUCAACUAAUUCAGUGGCUUCAUCGGGAUCGGGAGGUUCGUCUGGAACGAACAACGGAUAUGCAAAGAUUCAGUCGAUUAAUACAGCAGCACACAUGAUGAAUGGCAAUGCUGUUGGUCCACUUAUGAAUGGUAAUGGCAAUAUGCAAAAUGGCAACGGCAGUGGAGUCGGUGGCGGUUUUGCGACGCCAACAAAUGGAAAUUCGGAGAAUUUUGCUGAUUUUGAUCAUGCCCCGAUCUUUAAUGCAGCUGAGUUUAAUAGUAAACCAGGAGCAAACAACAACCAACAACAACAAUUCAAAACUAACAACAUAAACAACAACAACCGUAACAACAAUAAUUACCUUUUUUUUGCUCCAACAACAACACCAACUUCUAAUCAACAGCAACAAAAACAAACCAAUUUCUAUGCGAAUACAAUGUUUGAGCUAAGUAACGACUUCAAUUCAAUAUCGCUCUUCAGUCCUGGCAUUAGUUCCCCAGAGAUUGAAAAUGAGGACCUCCCUUUAAAAACGAGUAAUCUAACGAAAAAUAUUUUCAACAAAUGUUCCAACAACAACAUCAGUAGUUCCAUGGCCUAUAGUCCUUAUAGUUGCAAUAAUAACAACAACAACAUUUACAAUGUACCAAGCAACCUCAGUACUACUAGUAACCCUUAUAAUGGCCAACAGCAGCAGCAUCAAAAAUUCACCCCCCUGGCGAUGGCAGCUCAUGCAACGGCUAUGGCAGUCCUUGGUCACAAUAGCAGCAAUCUGAAUGGCAUCAACAGCCCGUUUGGAAUUCAAUCGAGUGAAUGGGGAGGAGGAAGAGAUGCCUGGCAACAACAGGUACAGCAGGACUCGAUAACAGCAUCUCAACAACAGCUACAGCAGCAUCAGCAGCAGCAACAGCAGCAAUGGCCAGGACUGUCAAGUGUCUCAAAUAACAACGUUAACAAUAACAAUGCGACCAAGUCCUACAAUCAUCCCCUCACGAUAAGUGUCGGUGCUAGUGCCGCCUCGAUUGAGGCUGAUUCCGAUUCAAGCCAUCAACAUUCGAAUCGAAAUAGUUGGAGUCUUCCGAUAUCUAAUUCAACAACAAGUAAUUCCCUCUCAUCGAGUGCCACAUUCAAUUCGAGUUCAUCAUCAACUGCAUCACCACCAGCGGAUAGAUAUGCAGCCCUUAAGGAUCUCGAUGAACAACUGCGUGAGAGUAAAGCCGUAGCAGCUGCUGCUGCAGCAGCUGUAGCCACAUCAGUUGUUGAUUCUUUUGGAGGUACACAAAGCAACUCCAAUGUCAACCCAUUCAAGACUGUAGUUAAUUCACAUCAGACACAACAAAUUGCCAAUCCCUUCCAAGCAAAUCCAUCACAGAAUCCAGUUGCGACGAGUCUUUUCGGUGGUGGCAUGCCACAAAAUCAACAACUUAAUGGUUUAACUAACGGUUUUAUUGGUGGCAUUCCUAAUCAUCAACAACAGCAGCAUCAGCAACAACAACAACAACAGGCUUUCUAUAAUUUUGCCAAUGGAUUUGCAGCACCACAAACUACAAAUAUGUAUUCCGCUGGUCCAAAUGGUUGUGGUUUUGGUUUUGGAACUAUGCAGCAACCAAUUGCAAAUGGUGUCGGAGCAGCUUUCAAUAAUCCUUUUGCUGCAACUGGCACUCUUAAUUCAAAUAAUCCAUUCUUAUGAAAUACCAUUCAAGGAAGAUCAUCACAAAUUUAAAUUUAAACAUAGACUAUAAAACCCUUUUUAAAGCAAAACAAUUGACUAAACUAAAAUAUCUUAAAAAUAUAAUUAAAUCAAUAAUAUAGUAAAACAAAAAAUGAAACAAAAACCAGCUAAAAAAUGAGUGGCGAAGUCGAAACCCGAAAAUGUCGGUGGAAGAAAUUUGAAUUAUCGCAAGAACAAAAGAAAAAACGAUUCCAAACACAAAUAUUUAGGUACUUUAUCUGGCCUACAGCUUUUAGAGUUUAUUCGAAAAUUAUUGUUUUCGGUUUCAGAAAAUGUGUACUAUACAAAAAACUGUCUUUAGAAAUCCAAUAUAAAACAUUGUGAAUCUAAACAAAAACAAAAAACCUAAAAACCAACCGUUUCAAAUUGAAACAUUCAUUAAAAACAAAUAUAUAUAUAUAAAAAUGUACCUAUGUAUUAAUGAAAAAUGCCACAGUAUGCAUGUACGACGUAACAUAGGAUAGAGGUUUUCAAUAUUGUUUUAAAACUAAUCAAAUUUUCGUAAAAUUGUAUAUUGUAAUUUUUUCUCCAAGUCGCUUUAAAUUUGAAAUUGUUUUCUGUUUUUAUUAAAACUUAAUAGUUUUCCCCCUACAAUUUUAGAAACUUAUUGAUUGUUUGAAGUUUUAAGUCCCUAAGCCUCUAUUCCUUGAAGCACAUUUAAAAAAGAAAACCUAAAUGACUCGUAUUCGAAUUAUUAAAACUAUAAUAAAUAAACGCUUUUAAAAUGCGUUCUUAACUAAAAACAAACAACAACAAAAAAAAACUAAAAACAUAUAAAAUUAAUUUGUAAUUUUGUUUUGUAUAUUGUGAUAGAGUAAAUAAUAUUGUAUUAAAGUUUUUAUCUUGUUUCAUGAUUUUAAAUAAAAUACAACCUAUAUAUAAGCUUUUUAACUGCAAAACAAAUUCAUAAAAAUAAUAAUAAAUACAAAAAUAAAAAAUAUUUACAUAAAAUCAAAAUAAUAUCGCAAAAAAAAUAGAAAUAAUUUUUUUUUAUUAUACAUCUAAAUACAAAAAAAAAGAAGAAAGAAAAAUUUACAAAUUGUAUCAAUAUUUAAAUAAAUUCGAAAAAUAAAAAUAAAAACAUUUGUAGGUUUACAUUUUUUCAUAUAACUAUUUAGAUAAUAUACAACAAAUAAAUAAAAUAAAAUUAUAAAUACAAAUUGUUAUUAUUAUUACACACAAAAACACAGAUUGUAGAAAUUAUUAUGAGCGCAUGAUCGUUGAUUGUUAAAAUGUCUAAACUAUAUUAUAAAGUAAAAUCGAUUACAAAUAAAUACAUUUUAUUAAAAAAAAAAAACUAAAAAAUCUAUAAAACAAAAACAACGUACAUAUAUACAGUUAAAUAGAACAAGUAUUGUAUUUUCAAUUAAAAUAUUGAUCAAAACUAAGCCCAAUGAUUUGUAAUUAAGCAAAUAACCAGUCGUAUAAUUCCUUGUUAUUUUUUUUAUUUAUAUAUCACUAAACUCAAAAACAUUGCUUCAUGAAGAAUAAUUUGUUGGUUAAGUGUGAGGCUAUUUGCUUUGUGAUUAAAAAUAUUCCUUCCUGCUAAAUAGAAAUUGCAUCAAAGAAAAUCAAUUCAUCAUCAUUCUGAAAUUUCAUCAUUUUCAGAAAAAAAUAUGCCUUAUCACAGGUGACUCCCCGGAGAAGUUUUGUACUACGAAUGGCAACAAGAAAGUAUCACACCUUCCUUCCUUACAAAAAUAUUUGUCAUGAAAUUCGAAGUUUGUAAUAAGGUUACGGCUAAGGCUAUGAAAGUUUUGUUUGUUGGUAAUUCGUAGUACGAACAAUCUCCGACGAGGCAUUUGAUGAGGCUGAUAAAUAAAAUACCAAUGACAAUUCCUUCCAACUUCUAUUGUUCCUGAAUCAAUCGAAAAUGGAAAAUAAAAUAUUGUUUUCUUAUCCUGAUGGUCCCAAAAACUGCUAGAAGAUCCAGCUUCGUAGUACCAUUUUUUUCUUGGUAGAUGUACAAUUUAAUGCUUGCUUAUAAUCCUAAACAUAUGAUAUAAGUUUUCAAUUUAAAACCUUAAUGUCUCUCCAUGUGAUGCUUUUUAUUUUUUAGCACCACCAACAAUUUAAAAAUAUCGAAAUUCGUUUUCAAAGAUGUUUAAAAACGUACAACAUAAUUGUUCAACGUAUUGGAUAUUUCUUUGAAUGAACUAAAGCCAGGUUACUAUCAAACUUUGAUUGAUAGGGAAAUAGAGGAUUUUCAAUAAUUUUCUUCGCUUGAAAUUAUAUUUUGUCCAAGAAGCUUGUUCUAUUCGAUUCACCGUAUAUAGUCAAACGUUUAAAUAUUAAUUUAUUUUAUGGUACCCAAAUCAAGCUAUAAUAUUUGAAUAGAUUCAUUUAGUGGUUCACAACCCCGUACUGUCCAAAAUUUCAUUUUCCACGAACUUGUGCUCAGUUGGCAAGUUAGAAUAUUAGAAUCGAUAAUCUGUAGGGUCAUGGUCAGCAUAAUUGCAGCUUGGAGUUAAAAUACCUUUCAAACAUUUUUUUUAGGUAUUUAGAUUUUUAGUUGAAACUGUUUAUCUUCAUAAAUUGUUUCGAAUUUUUUAAUUGAUAAUUUUGACAUUGAUGAGUCCACUAAUUCAAUAGUAUACAAAAGAAUUUUAAAAUAAGAAAAACAUAUCGCCCCAGCUUAAGUCUUUGUCACUUACUUUCUGAAAAUUUGUAUAUUUAUUCCUUUCAAUUUCAAUUUUAUAUUUUUGUCCUUAGCUGAAUUUCAAUAAAAAUACACAUACACAAUGCUUAAUAAUAUAUGUAGCACAUUUCCCUAAUUUUUGUCCCUAAAAUUAAAAAAAUAUAAAUAUAACUUAGCAUAAACUGUGAUGUCAAGCAUUGUAAUACUGUUUCAAAAAUUUCCUGCGUUACCUGCUUAUAUACUGUUUUAACUAAACUGAGUUCAAAUGAAUAUUCAAACAAAAAACAAAAACAGAAUGCCUAAUAUUUCGUUGUUGUUAAAUAUAUAUUAAAAUUUAUGCUUGUGGCCUUAUUACAUAAACUAAAAGGAAAAAAAAAAGAAAUGAAAAAAAGUAAAAGACUUAAAACAAAAAGAUUUUUAAAAUGUAAAUGAUUUAAAAUUAAGAAUGUUUCCUUCAAAUUUUAUUCAUUUUUUUUGUAAUUUUGUGUAAUAUUAUUCGAUCGAUAUUCAUUUGCCAUCGAUUAAUAAAUUAUAUAUUUUAUGAUUGAAGAAAUUUUAAUAUCAUUAUAUUUUUAUAUACGCAUAUAAAUGUUGGUUCUUUUUUUCGAGCGAAAAUUAUACCUUUAAAAAAAUUCUAUUAUUAACUAUUAUGGUUUAUAUUAUUCUCAUUGUACAUAACUAUUUUAUUAAAAAGUUAAUAUUUUUUUUAUAUGUCAACGAACAAAGAUUUUGGGGUAAUAUUAUUUAAAUUUGUAUAUUCCCUGCAAAAAUUAAUAAAUUAAUCUUUUUUAAUUCUUCUUAUAUUUAUUCAAAUGUAUUUUUAAAUUAAAUUUUACAUUAUUUUAGUUAUGUUUAUUUCACUAUCUAAAAAAAUAUAAAUAAAAACUAUAGGUACAUUCUUCUCAGCUUCUUUUUGUAAAUAGAAUUCUAAUAGAAUAUUAAUUUACUAAUUUCUAUACAUUUUUUUUCACUUCCCAAACAUAAAAUUAUGUAAGUUUAUUUUAAAUAACAAAAUAAUAAAUUAUGUAUAAAUAAAAUCUACACACUCACUCGAAAUGAGAUGUUUAUAAAUUAGUUAGAAAAAAUAAAACAAAACAAAACUAACUAAUAUUUACUUCUAUAAUAAUUUAAAAAAAAGGAUAUUGAAAGAAUGAUAAGAUUUUUUUAUAAUCGUUGUUAUAACAAAGCUGGAAGUAUAAAUAAAUUUAUAUUUAAAUAAAAAUUAAAUAAGAUUAAUAACAAAAUUAAAAGUAAAAUCGAUUUCAUAAAAAAAUCAAAUAUUCAUUACGAAAAUUUUAAUAAUAUUAAACUAAUUUAUAAAAUAAGAUAACAUCUGUUAUAAAAUAAAUAUAUAGUAUAUACAAAAUAAAAAUAAAAACAUUAUUAAUUAAUAUUAAAACUGUGAGUAAAAAAUCAAAAAUGAGGAAUGAAAUCACACUUAUAUUAUAUAGUAGUUAUAAUACAAAAAGAAAUCAUUAUUAUUAUUGAGUUAUUAUUAUGUAUGAUAAAAUAUAUUGUUCGAAUGAUGAUACCUUCGUUUAUUUAAAAAUAUAUUUAAAACAAAAGUAAGAUGUAUUAAUACAAGUUGUUUUUUUGUAUUAUUAUUUGUAAAAAUGGAAUAGAUUUUCUACGUUUUGUCAAUUAUUGAAGAGUUUAUGAAAAACGGUUCGUAAGAUGUUCUAAAAACAACCAAACAUUUCAAAGGGGGAAAUUACUGGUGUUUUCAACUCGGGUGCCUGGAAAAUUGGGUGUUUUUUAUAUAAAUGGCAAAGGUCAUCAUUUUAUGACCCAAAUUAAAAACAGCUGUUUUCAAUCAUAUUUUCAAGCUUCAGUGAAUAAAACAAGGCAAUCCAAAUUUGUUUUGUAUAC